AUGAUGCGCCGUUUUUUUCGUUCAACAGCUUUGAAUGCGCCGUUUCGUGUUUGGUGGCCAAUGGGCCGGUGGGCAGUGCGGGGAGCGUCCACGUCUUCCAGCGCCGUGAAGGAAACAGCGAAGAUGCCUGGCUUUGAGUUUUCUACUCCGAACUUCUCCCUGGACGGCGGGAUGGACGUGGAUGCGGAAAACCUCGUGAAGGAUUUGGUGACAAGCCCCGUGACAGAACUAAAUUUUGUGCGGGACAUGUACGGUCCGUGGCUGGUGCUGACGGAGGAGCUGCAGGGAGAGCUGUUCAUUGACCACGACCGCAUGGUGUACCUGCGGCCAGCGAAUGGCCUUGGCUUUGGCGUUGGCCGCAUCGAUGUGGCGGACUCUUCCCUCACCGGUAUUGCGUUUUCCCUACAGCUGGAGGCUUACACGUACCCUGUGACGAGCACCAUGCCUCCCUGCGAACCCAUCGCGCUCGAUGUGACCGGCCUCUUGAAGCGUGUGGAGUCCGCUUCCGGGGACUACGCCACUUUCUCGCUCGUCGCGACGUGGCGUAAGAAGGACGGUACAAGCG